UCUUACCAUGAUCUAGCUGUCCGCCUUGAACCUAUAAUCCUUGAACUUGAGCAUGAGAAAAAUGAUGUAUUAAUCAUUGCUCAUGAAACAGUAUUGAAAUGUUUGUAUGCAUAUUUAUUUGACCAACCAGAAGAU